ACCAAGUCAAACAAGCUGCACCAAUUACCAAGUCAAAGAAACUGCCAAAUGUUUAGAUAUAGCAGCCUAAAUUAUAAACAAACAAGUGAAUAAAACUAAUUAGUAUGACUUAUUCAGCUUAAAAAUUUAACUAGUUCUAAGGUUCACUCACUCUCCCUUCACAUAUAAAUGCACAACAAAACCAACUCAAAUCAAACAUCAAAACCAAACUUCAACAAUACAGAAAAAAAAAAUCACAAUAAGAGCUUAAAAGAGUUCAUAUAAUGGCAAGGAAGAGAAAGGUUUCUGAAGCAGUUGAAGAAGGAAGCAUGGUAUGGGAUGAUAUGAUGAAAGAAGCUGCAUCACUCGGAGGAGCAAGGCGAGUCCGAAAGAGAUUUGUUGGCGUUCGACAAAGGCCAUCGGGUAGAUGGGUUGCUGAGAUUAAAGAUACCAUUCAAAAGAUAAGAGUUUGGUUAGGAACUUUUGAUACAGCUGAAGAAGCUGCUAGAGCUUAUGAUGAGGCUGCUUGUUUGCUUCGAGGCGCAAACACUCGGACAAAUUUCUGGCCUUGUUCUCAAUCUUCAACUAGUCCUGCUCUUUCUUCAAAGAUCACCAAUCUCCUCCUUCAAAGACUUAAAGAAAGGAAUAUGAAUAACUCUUGUUCUUCCUUUUCUUCGUCGAAAUACACUUCCCUGUUGGGAAGUCCAGAGGAGCGUAGGGAGCAACAACGAGCCAAUGAUCACGAUCGUCAGGAGAUGCAACAACAAGUGGAUGCAUAUGGAGAAGUAUCAAAAGAUUUCUCAAUUGAUCAAUUCACUGAUUUCCUCAAUGAUCAUGAGGAUUAUAGCACAAGCAACAAUGAAUUGAUCAAUGACACUGCACAAUUCGAUUACAUUUCGAGUAGUUUUGAAUCGUGUUUAACCGAAAACAAUGGCUGCAAGGAGGAUGAAAUGAAUAUGGAAUCUAAAUCAAACAAUGUGACAGAAACUUCAAGUGGUGAUAGCAAUUCAGAAGAUGGUGAAGAGGAAGUCAAUAAUGAUGUAAGUGUUGAUGUUCCUGAUUUUCGGUUUCUCGACGAUAUUGCUCCAACUAGUUACUACUCACCUUUUGAGAUUGCUGAGGAAAUGGAAGAGCAAAUGGUGGAGAAUGAGAGCUUUUGUGAUGAGCCUUCAAUGAUUAGAGCUGUUAUGAAGAGAAUGAAAUAUGAGAGAAAAUUUUCAGCUUCUCUUUAUGCAUUCAAUGGAAUACCUGAAUGCUUGAAAUUGAAACUUGAAUCUGGAAACAAUAAUGGAAGAGGAAUUUCUGAUCAAUUGAACAAUCUCAAAGAAGCAUGUAACAAAAAUAAACUUGAGAAGAAGAAGAAGAUGGUGGAUGAGAAAAAUGAAGAAAAUAAUCAAACUUCAACUGAAAUGGAGUCUUCUUGUUUGUCAAGUAAUGAUGGUGAUCUUUUUCUUUGGAAUUCACUUGAUCUUCCUCCUAUUUGUUUUGUUAACUUACUUGAAAAUGGUUCAUUCAAUUAGUAAUGUCAUUUUCAUUUGUGCUCAAUUUAUGCUUAAUUGCCAAGCAAUUAUCUAAU